AUGAUUGGCUGAGGGCCAGCCGCUCCACCAAUCAUAGGCCACUCGCUCAUGCUCUUGAAGUAAACGGAGUGGUGGCUUGUGAACGAAAACAUUGGACGUCAAUAAUGGGGUUUUCCUCAAAUUUUGGUUUUUGGUGGUGAGAGGAGUAGAGAGCAGAGCCAAAAUGGAUGUAGAUGUUAGUGGAGCCAGCGUUUCUGACAGUGAAGGAUGCGGUAGUAGCUCAGCCUCCAGCCACGUGAGUGGGCAGGGUGGAGUUGGAGGAGGAAGCAAACUCAAGAGAUCUAGUAGUGCUCCUAUGAUUAACCAACUAGUGCCACAAGGUCCCACUUCAGCUCCUCCAGUGUCAUCAGCUUCUAGGGAUGCUGCUGCAUUGGGGGAUGUUCCAGGAAGUCAACCUCGGGUACGCCGUUUCAGUGCUUCUUUUGGCCCAGUGUCCCCUCUGUCACCAGGAAGUUCUCGGGGAAGUGGUCCACUACGUGUAUGUCAGCUACGCGUUGAAGAGGGCAUGGAUGUUGUAAACCGUGAGGCUGCCCAUGAACGAACUGUUCAAUCCACACUUCAAAUUACAGAUUGUCUUUCACAGUCCUGGGAAGAUCUAACCUUGACUGAGGAUGUUGGGCGCCUAAAGGCCCAAGGUGCUAGAAGUGAAAGUGUUCCUACAAGCAUAUCUGCACCCAUUGUUUCUGCUAGUGUUGUUGCAAAUACUCCUGGAACAGUGUCAGGAACUGUAUCAUCUGUGCGGCGAGACUUUACCGAUCCACUGCAUUUAACAAUUGUACCAACUGUUGUUCCUCUCACUGGUUGUGGUGCUUCCCCCACUAGAGGAGUUGGACGUCAGUGUUUCUCUCCAUCUCUUCAGCAACAUGUACGCAACACCUCAUUUUGCCCCUCUCCUUCCCCUACCAAGAAGACUUUUGCCACAAGGAGAAGUUUGAGUCCUAUUGCCUUGCGUCCUUCACCUCUUGGUCUCAAACGCAAGUGGGAAAUGGAUGAACGGUGUGAACCUUUUUUGACCCCUAGCAAGCGUGCCUCCACUUGUACUCCAGACCGUUGUAUUGGUGGCCUCCUUAUAACACAACCCCACAGUUUGGAAAGUACACCAAGCCCUGCAGGUCCAGGGUCUUUAGGUAGUGUGGGUACUCCCGAGUCAGUGUGUUCAUCUGGUUCACCAGGUCUGUCUGCUCCUCCUUAUUCUCCUGCUUCCCUGGCAGAAACUCCUGCUCCUACUCCUGAUCCUCCACCACAUUUAUUUAAACCAGUUUCUCCUGCACUAAACAGUGAUCAGACAGCUUCAUUUGGGAACCAGGAACAUGGAGACCAUUUUGGAACUCAAGAGCAUCGUAAUCGAUUUGGUGGUCAAGAUCACAAUGACCGCUUUAGUCGAGAUCACAGUGAACAGUUUGCAAGAAGGGAAUCUAGGGAGCAUUAUGUAGAACAAGAACAUAAUGAUCAUUUUGGGGGACAGGAACAUAGCAAUCAAAUUGGUAAUCAAGAACAUAGAGAUCGAUUUGGAGAUCAGGAACAUGGAGACCGAUUUGAUGGUCAAGUUAAAGGAGCAGACACUAGUGAUGGUAGCAGCAGUGAUGCUAUGAUUACUGAAGAUGUGCCAGCAAAUGACCUUAAAAGCUAUCAGGAUAUGGACCUUAGUGAAUCAUUAACACAACCACCCCUUAAUAUCUGACAUCACCUUUGACUGUCACACCUUUGGCUCACUUGACACACCACUACAGGUAGUAGGAGCUGUCCGGUGCAGCUGCAGUGUGAACAGUAUGCUUUAUCAUUAUCACGUAUCAUCUAGUGUUAUUUGUGAACAAGUAUAGACUUCUUUAUGUGAUAUGUAGACUUCCUCUUCAUUACUAACCUGCAAAGCUGUGAUGUUUGAUGUGGCAGGUGUACACGUCUUGCAGAUUUGAGUAAUUUGUGUGUACUUUGAGGACUGAAUCUUUAAAUCCCAGUGAAAUAUUAUUGUAUGCUAGAACCCUGCAUUUAAAUGCUAUUUCCUCAAAUGAGUGAGGAGCACAAUGUUGGUCUGUUGAAGCUUUAUACUUCUUGUAAUUUAAAAAUUACAAUAAUUUUCUUCCCUAUAGAACUAUCCAUAUACAGGUAUUUGUGAUAUUUAUAACCUUAAUAUUCCUGGGCUGAAUUUGACAUAUCUGUAUCUAUAUAUAAUAUGCGUGAGUGUUGUAUAAUCUUGCUAUUCAUACGUUUCAUGAAUCAUACUGUGUUGACUAGUCGCAUUGUAUAAAACAGUAAUUUAAGAAUGGAAUGCGUUAUAUCUAAUGGAAGCAAAAGUGAAUAAAGUGUUGUACAGUAUUUCAAUGCAUUUGAAAAUAUUUAUUUUAUCUUGCUUGGUUCAAAUACUGAUACUGUAUAAAUGCCAGCAUUCAAAGAGUAUAAUAUUUUAAUUCACUAAACUUCUGUAUACAUUGUUUUGUGCUGUAUAAAACUAAUCCAGGUACUUGAUACAAGCACUUUGAAUUGUUGUGCUAAGAUUUACAUGAGAAUUUUACUAUGUAACUAUUUAUGACCUGUAUGUCAAGUAGUUAUAUGCCUGUAUAUAUAUUUUUCCAUGAAUUUAUAUUAUGUAUGAAUCUGUGAUUCAUGUUAGAAGAAAAUGUGAUUGGUUCUCAGUUUUUGUGGAUUUUUUCCAUCCCUGUAGGGCAAUAAACUACCAUUAGCCAUUCUAAAGCAGAUUAUAUAGUUUUGCAUUUAAAUUUAAAAUACAUUUAAUGAUAAAUUGAACAAUUUAAAAAAAAUUUAAAAUGGCUGGCAAUCUUGUGUAACAUUUUAGCCUUAGUCUUUGAUAGGGACUUGCCAAAAUGUAAAUUUUAUUUGAUUUACAAACAUCUAAUAAACAAACAACAGA